UCUUCUGAAUUUCCUCAAAGAUUUCUCUAAUUUUUCAGCCUUCUAACGAUCUUCAAGGGCACUUAUAGCUUGUAGAAUAUUAAGAUGGCGAGUGGUAGUGCUUAUCUUGCGGAAGCUUAUGUGAUGAAGAAACAAUUCAAGGAGAAGAUGAAGAAAAUGGAUACUGAAGGUCCAGAAAUUAAGAAGCAACAUAAUCCCAAAAAUACAUCUUCUGCUUCUUCUUCUUUGGGUGACUGCUUUUCCAGGAAAAUAUUCAAGAAAGUUCAUCCAAACACCACUCCUCCCUCAUCAGAUUCCGCCGUGUCGCGCCGUGAUCAUGAGACCUGAGGCCUGUAGUUCUGUUCUAGCUAGCAAUGUUUGUUAAGCCACUGUAUUGCUUUAUUUCUUUUUUCUCUUCUUUAUUUAAUGUGUUUGUGAUGAAAUCUUUUUUUAAGAAAAUUACUUGUAUAUUGUACAAAUUUUGAUGUAUUUCUUCUUUCUGUCAGUUUUUAUCUAGACAAAUGAAAAAUAGAAUAAAAAAGUCUUUAAUCUUUAUUCAAAAUAAUGUCACGGGAAAAUCCUGAAA